AUGCCGAGCGGGGACCGACAGCUGACUGCCGUGUUCCGUAUUAAGGAUUUUCAUGCCCUCUCUGCUGCAGUGAUCACAGAGCUGAGGCUGGAAAGGGACCUUGGAGGCCAUCUGGUCCACUCCUCUUUGGAACCCAGACACGCUUCACCCCGCCCCGCUGAGCUCGUCAGCAAGGGUUUGCCCCACACAAACAUGGCGGCGCCCAGUGGUCCGAGGCUGCGGGGGCCCCGACGGGCGGUGACUCGGGGAAGUGCUGCCGGGAAGAUGCCUAAAAAGAAGCGGGAGAAUCUGAGCGUGGCUCAGGAGAUAGAUGGACUCGAGGAGAAGCUGUCCCUGUGCAGGAGAAACCUGGAGGAAGUGAACAGCCGCCUUCGCAGGGAGGAGCUGAGCCUGGAGGCCAGGAGAGCUUUGGAGAAGGAAAAAAACAACCUGACAAGCAAAGCCUCCAGCUAUGAAAGAGAGUUGAAGUCCCUUCGCAGAGAGAACCGUAAGAACACGUUGCUGUCGGUGGCAAUCUUCUUGCUCCUCCUUCUCGCCUAUGCCUACUGGACUAUGUGACUCCACUGGUUUCCACUGCAAACCACAGGGAGCCAUGAUGCUCUUGGAGAAACGGACUAGGACAAUCAGAGUUGGUUCCUCUUUCUGGACUCUACCCGCUGCCUCCCAAAGAUGCCUGCCUGCCUAGGCGGAUGCUAACAAGACCCUGGGGGCUGGGCCUAGCUAACCCAAGAUUCUGGCUCUGUCUUGUAUUCAAGCCUCCUGGUUUACAGGGCCUGGAUGUCAGCAGGGAAAUGAUGCUGGCUCCUCCCAGGGAGAAUGGCCAAUAAAGAGUGUUCAGACAGCUA